CUGGGCAGCCGCCAGCCCGCAACUGGCACUGGCCUGUCCCUGUCCCCGUCAGGAUUUGUCUGGCGACGCGUUCCCUCACAGGGGUGUGUUGGGGGCAGGCCUCCCGCCCGGCUAUCGACAUGGUUAUCAAAGUGUUUGUGGCCACAUCUUCUGGGUCCAUAGCGAUCAGGAAGAAGCAGCAGGAGGUGGUGGGCUUCCUGGAAGCAAAUAAGAUCGACUUUAAGGAGUUGGAUAUCGCUGGGGAUGAGGACAACAGGAAGUGGAUGCGAGAGAAUGUUCCCGGGGAGAAGAAACCGCAGAACGGGAUCCCCUUGCCUCCCCAGAUCUUCAAUGAAGAGCAGUACUGUGGGGAUUUCGACUCUUUCUUCUCUGCCAAAGAAGAGAAUGUUAUUUACUCCUUCCUUGGCUUGGCUCCCCCUCCAGGCUCAAAGGUGACCAAAGCUCCCGAGGAAGCCUCUUCCCUUCCCAAUGGCGAUGUGGUAGGAGAGGCGGAGAGCUCUGCAGAGGGGGCAGAGAAAACUGAAGAAAGUGGAGAAACCGAGGCGGAGAAAGAGGGCAGUGAAGACGCGGGCACCGCCCCCGAACCUGCAGAGAAGAAUGAGGAAGAGGAAGAGAAAGCCACGGAAGAGGAGUCGGAGGAGGUAGCGGAGGAGAGGGGUGCAGAGGAGGAGCCGGGAGACGAAGGGGAAGAAGACUCCUAGGCCUGCACUGCACUUACUCACCGUUCCCAGAAACCCCAAGCCACGAAGCAGCACCUCACAUGCCUCCCCUCAAAGCACACGCAGUGAAAUCCUUGGGCCAGAAGCUAGCACUUGGGGCUUGCUGAGGACGUGUGCCCCCCAUCACGUGCUAGAUGCACUUGAAUCCACCUACACACUCCUGUCAAUCUGAAACUCAGUGUGACGGCGACAGACGCGUGGCCUCAUGUGCCUGUCACUUUUGGCUUCAUUGCUUUUUUUUUUUUUGCUCUGCAUGAUUAGGUUUUCUUGUUCAUGCUCUGAAGCCCUGCCUGGAGGCUGCAGACCUCUGGGGGACCCCAGCAAAGCAUUUCUUCAUGCCUGCCUUAUGCUCCAUGUCUCAGAAUUAGCUUUUGAAAAGGCUGCGCCUCCCCGAGAACAGCCAGCUAAAUAAAGACAAAUGGCACCUCUCUCGUC